UUUUGGGUCAAAACUGACUAGUUUGAGGCCCAAAUUGAAAUAAUAGCCCAGUCCAGUCCAAAUAGAAGCAGUAAAUUGAGUAAGAUCCAAAUCCAAUCAAAUACACGGCGGUUUCUGAAACGCAAACGGUGGUUGCUAGGUGAUGGCAGCGUCGUUCAGGUGGUUAUUACAACUACACAAAGACGUUCCAAAAGCCGCUCGUUUCUACUCAGAAGGCUUAGACUUCACAGUCAACGUUUGCACUCUCCGUUGGGCCGAACUUCAAUCCGGUCCACUUAAACUCACUCUCAUGCAUUCCCCCAUUGACCAAACCACGCAGAAGAAGGAAUACUCCUCGCUUUUGUCAUUCACAGUGACAGAUAUCAAUAGUACUGUGACUAAACUUAUGGCACUAGGAGCUGAACUUGAUGGACCUAUCAAAUAUGAAGUUCAUGGAAAGGUUGCAGCUAUAAGGUGCAUUGAUGGACAUGUCUUAGGCCUCUAUGAACCUGCUUAAGAUAGUAAAGAUUCACUACAAAAAAUAAUUAUUAUUAUUAAAACUGUAAUAUAAUUGUAUAAGCUAGUAAUGUUUUUUUUUUCCUUUCUUUUUUCUAUUUUAUUUGUUGUUUUAAUUAAUCAUGGAGACUAUGGGGGAGAAAGUAGAAACAUGUGAGAUGUUUUUUUUUGUUUUUUUUUCUUUACGUUGCAAUUAUUGAUAAUUGGUUGUUUUGUCGAUAGUUACCGAUAAGAGUAAUACAUGGCGUGUGAAGCAACGUGCCUGAAAAUAAGGCUAAAUAAAA